GUACAGGCUCGGUAAAAUCGUGCUUUUUUCUCUACGAUAGGAAUAUUUGCGACGUGCUCCGCUGUAGACGUUUCGAUCGUGUUCGGAUUUCAUUUUUCCUUUCUUUUUCAUUUUUCCAUUUCCAUCCACCGCAUAGUCGCGGAUAUGAAGGCACGCAAGGUGAAAGCGUGGUUGGUUUGUUGCGAAAAAUCACAAACUGUCGAUUCUGAUUCGAGCGAUCGAGAAACUGAGGAGCCCAAAGCGCGGAAUCAGCCGGAGAGGCUGAUAGGCAACAAGUCGGAAAAUAAAGUGAAUAAAACGGAGAGCGAAGUUGAGAAUAAAGUGGAAAACCAGGUAGACAGCAAGAUAGAAAGUAAAACGAAUCAAAUGGGAGGCAAAAACAAAAUGGAAGACCACAAAGAUAAGGCGAAGAAUAAAUUGGAGAAGGAUGUUAAGAAUGAAGUGGAGAAUCAGGUAAGCAAUAAAGUAUUAGUAAACAAAACGGAGGGUGAUGUUGAAGUGGAAAACGAAGUGAAGACUAAAUUGGAGAACCAGAUAGAGAAUAAAUUGGAGACUAAAACAGAAGAUGACAUCGAGAAUAAGGUGGAAGACAAAAUGGAGAGCGAAAAAGAAAGCAAAACAGAAGAUACUAUUGUAAAUGAAAUGGAAAACAAAGUAGAGAUAAACAAGAUGGAGAAUAAAUUGGAGACCAAAACAGACGGCGAUGUUGAGAAUGAGGUUGAGAAUCAAGUAGAGAACCAGGCAGAUAAAAUAGAAAGUAUAGCAGAAAGUAAAACAGAGGAUAAUAUUGAGAGUAAAGUAGAAAAAAAAGUAGAGAACCAGAUAAACAAGACGGAAAAUAAAUUGGAGACCAAAACAGAAGACGAUAUUGAGAAUAAAAUGAAGAACCAAGUGGAAAAUCAGGCAGACAAAGUAGAGAGCAAAGCAGAAAGUAAAACAGAGGAUAAUAUUGUGAGUGAAGUAGAAAACAAAGUAGAGAACCAGAUAAACAAGACGGAGAAUAAAUUGGAGACCAAAACGGAAGACGAUAUUGAGAAUAAAAUGAAGAACCAAGUGGGAAACCAGGCAGACAAAGUAGAGAGCAAAGCAGAAAGUAAAACAGAAGAUAAUAUUGUGAGUGAAGUAGAAAACAGAGUAGAGAACCAGUUAAACAAGACGGAGAAUAAAUUGGAGACCAAAACGGAAGACGAUAUUGAGAAUAAAAUGAAGAACCAAGUGGGAAACCAGGCAGACAAAGUAGAGAGCAAAGCAGAAAGUAAAACAGAAGAUAAUAUUGUGAGUGAAGUAGAAAACAAAGUAGAGAACCAGUUAAACAAGACGGAGAAUAAAUUGGAGACCAAAACGGAAGACGAUAUUGAGAUUAAAAUGAAGAACCAAGUGGGAAACCAGGCAGACAAAGUAGAGAGCAAAGCAGAAAGUAAAACAGAAGAUAAUAUUGUGAGUGAAGUAGAAAACAAAGUAGAGAACCAGUUAAACAAGACGGAGAAUAAAUUGGAGACCAAAACGGAAGACGAUAUUGAGAAUAAAAUGAAGAACCAAGUGGAAAAUCAGGCAGACAAAGUAGAGAGCAAAGCAGAAAGUAAAACAGAGGAUAAUAUUGUGAGUGAAGUAGAAAACAAAGUAGAGAACCAGAUAAACAAGACGGAGAAUAAAUUGGAGACCAAAACGGAAGACGAUAUUGAGAAUAAAAUGAAGAACCAAGUGGAAAAUCAGGCAGACAAAGUAGAGAGCAAAACAGAAAGUAAAACAGAGGAUAAUAUUGUGAGUGAAGUAGAAAACAAAGUAGAGAACCAGAUAAACAAGACGGAGAAUAAAUUGGAAACCAAAACAGAAGACGAUAUUGAAAAUAAAAUGAAGAACCAAGUAGAAAACCUGCAGGCAGACAAAAUAGAGAGCAAAGCAGAAAGUAAAACAGAAAAUAAUAUUGUGAGUGAAGUAGAAAACAAAGUAGAGAACCAGAUAAACAACAAGGAGAAAAAUUUGGAGACCAAAACAGAAGGCGAUGUUGAGAAUAAGGUGGAGAACAAAAUGAAGAACCAGGCAGACAAAAUAGAGCAAGCAGAGAGCAAAACAGAGGGUAAUAGUGAGAAUGAAAUAGAAAAUAAAGUAGAGAACGAGAUGGACAAGACAGAGAAUAGACUGCAGACUAAAAUGGAAAAUAAUGCCGAGAAUAAGAUGGAAAAUAAAAUAGAGCAUGCGAAUGAGGUCGAAAGUAAAACGAGGAAUAAGAGUGGAAUGGAGAAUGAAAUAAAGAAUGAUAUGGAGACAGGUAGCAAUGUCGACAAUAAGGUGGAGAACCAACAGAAGAAAGAAAAUAUUAUUCCUGUUACAACGGAUCAUGGCUACAUGUACGACCUCGUGGUGAUCGGCGGAGGAUCCGGUGGCCUGGCAGCGGCUAAAGAAGCAGUGGGUCUGGGCGCGAAGGUCGCGGUUUUGGACUAUGUAACCCCCUCUCCGCUCGGUACCACUUGGGGUUUGGGUGGUACCUGCGUCAAUGUAGGAUGUAUACCAAAAAAGCUCAUGCAUCAAGCCGCGUUGCUCGGUGAAAAUCUUCACGAUGCGGCAGCGUUUGGUUGGCAGUUUGAUGCAAAGUCUGUGAAAAAUGACUGGGAAACUUUGAGGACCGUUGUACAAAAUCACGUCAAGUCUGUGAACUGGGUUACUCGUGUUGAACUUAGGACAAAGAAAGUUGAAUAUAUCAAUGCACUUGGACAUUUCAAGGAUGUACACACGGUAGUUGGAGUUACUAAAAAGGGGGAAGAAAAAAUCCUUACGGCCAAAAAUAUAUUAAUUGCAGUGGGUGGUAGACCUAAGUAUCCCGAUAUUCCAGGUGCUCUAGAAUAUGGCAUAAGUAGUGAUGAUAUCUUCAGUUUGGAGCGUGCUCCGGGAAAAACCCUCGUGAUUGGUGCUGGAUAUAUUGGUCUGGAGUGUGCCGGUUUUCUUAACGGCUUAGGCUAUGACACGACUCUGAUGGCUCGAUCGAUCGUGUUACGCGGUUUCGAUCGGCAAAUGGCGGAUCAUGUUGCCGAAGAGAUGCAGCUACGCGGAGUGAAUUUUAUCUACGAAGCGAAACUCAAGAGAGUUACGAAACAAGAGGAUGGUCGUCUUCUAGCUGACUGGAUCGACAAGAAUGGCGAAAUUCAUCAAGACGUGUAUGAUACUAUUUUAUUUGCUAUCGGCCGCCAAUCACUCACUCAACAGCUGAAACCAGAAAAUGUUGGAUUGAAGCUCGUUUCAGAAACUGGCAAGAUCGACGCAAUUAAUGAACAAACGAACGUUCCAAAUAUUUACGCGGUUGGCGAUGUACUUCAUAAAAAGCCUGAAUUAACGCCUGUCGCUAUACAUGCGGGUAAACUGCUGGCUAGGAGAUUGUUUGGUAACGCGACAGAAAAAAUGGAUUAUACGAAUGUAGCGACAACAGUGUUCACUCCUUUGGAAUACGGGUGUGUCGGACUGAGCGAAGAAGCCGCAAUCGCGGCUCACGGAGUAGAUGAGGUAGAGAUUUUUCACGCGUACUAUAAACCAACGGAAUUCUUUGUUCCACAAAAGAACGUCGAUCGUUGUUACGUGAAGGUCGUCGCUCUUAGACAUGCCGAUGAAAAGGUACUCGGAAUGCAUUUUAUUGGACCCAACGCAGGCGAAGUGAUUCAAGGAUUCGCAGCUGCUAUUAAAUGUGGCUUAACAAUACCGAUAUUGAAGUCUACCGUUGGGAUUCAUCCGACGGUAGCAGAGGAAUUUACCCGCAUAUUUAUUACCAAACGUUCGGGCUUGGAUCCUAAGCCGCAAAGCUGCUGCAGUUAGAUCGAUUUUCGCGUGGCAUUAUUGUGCUUCUCUUGAUUACAUUCACAGAUUUAGACCGAUUUAUUCCUUAGGAGAUAACGCGGCCCCCGUACUCUUGUGGCAGCGAUCAACCGAAUAUUUUUUACAUGAAAUAGUUUGUCCGCCGUUACAUACGAGAACGCAGUAUUACAUAAAAUAAACAGCGAAAAAUAGUAUUUCUAAAUACUAGAGAAGGAACAGAUUUGUUAUAAAAUACUACGUCACAGUACUUUAAUAGUACGUUUUUUACAUAUAUUAUUUUUUUCAACACCCCCUUUGUAGCAUACGCAUCUAUGCAAAAAAAUUGAUACUUAUAUGAUAAUAAUAAAUCAUUAUUAAUGUUGAAAUCAUGACUCACACAAUUGCUAGGUUUCUAAAACAAUUCCUCUUAUGUAAAAUACAUUUCCUCGCCAAUAUCCAGAGUAAAUUUCCUAUUUAAACUGAAUUAUUUGCCUUCGUGUUUAAAUAUAAGCAAAUAAAUAGAGUUAGUAAUAUUUCUCAUAAUUUUGUAAAUCGUUUUUAAUGAUUGCCAUGAUUUCAUCACAAUAAAAUAUUCAUAAGAUUGAUACUGCAUUUUAAAACUAUAUUUUUAUAAAUAAAUGCGUUAUAAAUUUA